UUCCCACCUUCUAACAACACUUGUCCCAUACUCCCAUUUCCCACUCUCACUACACUCACUCCCUCCAAAAAAUGGAAGAGAAACUAAAGUACCCCUUUCUCUCUUCCUUCUUAACCCUCUUCUUCUGCAUCUCCGCCACUUCCAUUGCCCCACAUAACUCCCAAACCCAAACCCUCCUCCUCCGCACCCUCCCUAACCCACCCACACUCUCCUGGCCCGAAUCAACCAUAUCAGGAUCCGACCCGGAACCCGACCCCUUCUCCCUUUCGGUUCACCUCAACCACAUAGACGCACUCUCCCCCAACAAAACCCCUUCCCAACUCUUCCACCUAAGACUCCUACGCGACGGCGCAAGAGUCAAAACACUAAACUCCUUAGCCGCAGCCACAAAUCAAACCCGACCCACUAAUACCGGGUCGGGUUUCAGCAGCUCCGUAGUUUCGGGUCUCUCACAGGGAAGCGGCGAGUACUUCACGCGCCUCGGCGUGGGAACCCCUCCGAAGUACCUCUACAUUGUCCUCGACACGGGAAGCGACGUCGUUUGGCUCCAAUGCAAGCCCUGCACCAAAUGCUACUCCCAAACCGACCAAAUCUUUGACCCAUCAAAAUCGAAAACCUUCGCCGGAAUCCCCUGCUCCUCCCCUCUCUGCCGCCGCCUCGACUCACCGGGAUGCAAUACAAAAAACAACCUUUGCCAGUACCAGGUUUCCUACGGAGACGGUUCUUUCACUGUCGGAGAUUUCUCAAUAGAAACUCUCACGUUCCGACGCGCCGAAGUCCCGCGCGUGGCCCUCGGAUGCGGUCACGACAACGAGGGACUUUUCGUGGGCGCCGCAGGUUUGUUGGGCCUAGGUCGCGGCGGGUUGUCGUUUCCUACCCAGACCGGAACCCGGUUCAAUAACAAAUUCUCUUACUGUUUAACAGACCGAACCGCUUCCGCUAAACCGUCUUCCGUUGUGUUCGGCGACUCGGCUGUCUCUCGAACCGCCCGGUUCACUCCUUUGGUUAAAAACCCUAAGCUUGAUACGUUUUAUUAUGUUGAGCUUCUCGGGUUUAGUGUUGGCGGCGCGCCGGUUCGGGGGAUUUCGGCUUCACUUUUUCGGCUCGACUCCACCGGGAACGGGGGUGUUAUAAUUGACUCAGGGACUUCCGUCACGCGCCUCACGCGCCCUGGUUAUGUGGCGUUAAGAGACGCGUUUCGGGUCGGGGCUUCACAUUUGAAGCGCGCGUCUGAGUUUUCGCUUUUUGACACGUGCUAUGAUCUUUCGGGGCUGUCGGAGGUUAAGGUUCCGACCGUGGUACUGCAUUUUCGGGGUGCUGACGUGUCACUGCCGGCGUCGAAUUAUCUCAUUCCGGUGGAUAAUGACGGGACUUUUUGUUUUGCGUUCGCCGGAACGAUGAGUGGGUUGUCUAUUGUUGGGAACAUUCAGCAGCAAGGGUUUCGGGUUGUGUUCGAUUUGGCGGGUUCUCGGGUCGGGUUUGCCCCGAGAGGGUGCGCGUGAUGGGAACCAAACAAGUCUUUCACCUUUUUCUUUUUUUAAUCAUGCGAAAUUAUUUAAGAUUAGAGAAGAAGAUUAAUAUUUUAAUGUUGAUGUUUUUAUCAUAUUACCUAAUGAAAUGCUACAGUAAGGGGUGGUUAUAGCUCGUUAAUAAAUGCUUCAAAUUACUACUACUAGAUGUACUCUAAAAUUACUAUUAGAGUCUGGAAAACAUUCUUGUUUGAGUAAAUAUCAAUUUGUAUUAUAAAUUAAGCUUUGUAUUUUUUGUUUUUGUUUUGGUUAGGCUGCAGCAAUGCGUCCAACACCUCACCUGUGUGAGUAUAACCAUUGUAACCAAUUGCUCCGAGGAAAUUUGUUUUUUUU